AACAUUAUGAUAUUAAUACUAUAGUUCUAACUUCAAGUUGCGACGCCGAUGAUCUUUAAUAUUAUUGAAAAAUCGUAGAAAACAAAUUGUUAACGCGAUAGUGUCAAUAAUAUGGCGUCGUUAGAGCUUUUAACGCCUCAUUUAUCCAAGAUAAAAAUACCAUCAUCUCAGCAAUUGAUUUACAAGGAUGAGUGUGUAUAUUCCUUUGACAACCCGGAAUCAGAGACAGGGUUAUAUGUUUCAUUAACAUCAUUCCUCGGCUUCGGACGUAACUACGUAGAACAGUAUUUCCAGAAGACUGGCAACGCUGUCUUCUUACACAUAUUUAGAGAGAAAAAGCCAAUACCAGAACCAGAACAAACCGGCGAUGGUCCAGAGAAAAAGAUCACGCGUCUGGCGAUUGGCGUCGAGGGGGGGUUUGACCCAGAUUGUGGUAAACCAAAGUACACGUACACAGACCAUUACAAUGUGGUUGUGUUGCCUGGAUUCCACACUUUCCCCUGGCCGAACGAUACAUUACCUGAUGUGGUAAAGCAAUCGGUGCAAGGAGUCUUAGACGCCGAGUCGCCAUUCAAAAUCGCUGAAAUGGAAGCUUUGCAGGGCACUUGGGACGGAGAGAAACGUGAAGUCUCUGUUCACUCUGUAAGCUUAAAGCAGUUAGACAAUGGAGUGAAGGUGCCUCCAUCUGGGUGGAAGUGUGAUAAAUGUGAUCUCACAAACAAUCUCUGGCUCAACCUCACCGAUGGGUCUAUACUCUGCGGAAGACGCUUCUUCGAUGGAUCUGGGGGAAACGAUCAUGCUGUGGAACAUUAUCGUCAAACUGGCUACCCAUUAGCUGUGAAAUUGGGAACCAUCACAGCAGACGGCAAGGGCGAUGUGUACUCGUAUGCAGAGGACGACAUGGUAGAGGAUCCUUACUUAGCUGACCAUCUGAAACAUUUCGGUAUUAAUGUUCAACAGCUUCAGAAGACUGACAAAUCAAUGGUUGAAUUGGAGCUGGAACUCAACCGUCGUACGGGAGAAUGGAACACUCUUCAGGAAUCUGGCAGUGACCUGCGACCGCUGCAUGGACCUUCACUCACUGGACUGAACAAUUUGGGCAAUUCAUGCUACAUCAAUAGUGUUGUACAGGUCCUAUUUCGAAUGCCUGACUUCGUGCGACGGUACGUCGAAGGAGCACCCGAAAUAUUCUCCACCUUCCCCGAAGAUCCUGCCAAUGAUUUCAACGUGCAAACCGCGAAGCUCGGCGUGGGGCUGGUGUCGGGGCGCUACUCGUUCCCGGGCGCGGACGGCGCGCAGGCCGGCGUGUCGGCGCACAUGUUCCGCCGCGUCGUGGGCCGCGGACACCCCGAGUUCACCAGCAAGCGCCAGCAGGAUGCGCACGAGUUCUAUCUGCAUCUACUGACACUCAUCGAGCGUCACAGCCGCCACCGCUCGGACCCGGCCGAGUGCCUGCGCUUCGCCGUGGAGGAGCGCGUGCAGUGCGGCGCGUCGCAGGCCGUGCGCUACACGGCGCGCGCCGAGCGCCACCUGCCGCUGCCCGUGCCGCUCGCCGCCGCCACCAACGCGCCGCAGCUGCGCGACUACGAGCUGCGCCGCGCGCGCGCCGAGGCGGCCGGCCAGCGCCUUGACUCGUCCCAAAUGGUCCGGCCUCAAAUCCCGUUCCAAGCGUGUCUAGACAGCUUCAUGAAGGAGGAGACCGUCGAGCAGUUCUUCAGCUCGGCCGUCAAUAAAAAGGUCACUGCCAGAAAGAUAACACGUCUAGCUACUUUCCCAGACUACUUACUGAUACAGUUGAAGAAAUUUACAAUCAAGGAGGACUGGACGCCCGCGAAGCUCGACGUAGCCGUGGACAUGCCGUGGGAGGUGGACCUAGGCGUGCUGCGCGGGCGCGGCGUGCAGGCGGGCGAGGCGCUGCUGCCCGACGCGCCGCCCGACGCGCCCGCACCCGUCUUCGACGAGGCGCUGCUCGCCAAACUCUUGGACAUGGGAUUCCCAGUUGAAGCUUGUAAAAAGUCAUUAUACUACACAAACAAUUCUGGCAUGGAAGCAGCCUCCAACUGGCUCAUGGAACACAUGACUGAUUGGGACUUUGAUAAUAAGUUUGAACCACCCGGCUCACAGAACACAGGCGCAAGUGCAAAUGCGGCUGUAGAUGAGGCAAGUGUGGAGCAGAUCACGAGUAUGGGUUUCACGAGAACCCAGGCUGCCAGAGCACUGAGAGCCACUGAUGGUGAUGUGGCCAGGGCGCUGGACUGGAUCUUCAGCCAUGCUGACCAACUAGACAGUGAAGAGUUACCCACUGCACCCAUACAGGAUAGAACUCUGGGCUGUAGGGAUGGACCAGAGAAAUACAAGCUUGUUGCAUUUAUUUCGCACAUGGGCACGUCAACAAUGGUCGGUCACUAUGUCUGUCAUAUUCUACACGAAGGAAGAUGGGUCAUAUUUAAUGACAACAAGGUGGCUCUCUCAGAAAACCCUCCCAAAGAUCUCGGAUAUUUAUAUCUUUAUGAAAGGCUGUGAUGUUUAGCGAGUGAUCAUUUAGCACCAAAAAUGAUAUCAAGAUGUCUUAGACUGCGCUAAUGUGUUUUAAACAAUUUUAAGGUGUACUAAUUAAUACUUUAGCGACUAUUUAUUUAAUAUACAAAGAUUUAUUAGGUAUUAAAAAUGUCUUAACUAACUAAAGAAAUACCUUUGUUUAUCUCUAUACCAAAAAUGGUUGGUAAUCUGCUUUUACUGUAAUUGUUUUCUUAAUAUUAAAUACAAGCUCAAUGUUCAAUGCUUUUUUUUCUUUUAUCUAGCAAAGUUUUUCUUU